AGACUCCUUUCAACCCUCCUCCAGACAGACUUGUCGUCUGCUAUUGCAGAUUAUGCAAUUGCUCAACUCACUGUUCCACGUCUUUAUUGCUUCCGCGGCCUAAUUGGUGCCGCAUCUGGCCGUCGCCAUCAAAGCAGACCUGCCCGUUGGUACCGGACCCGAGACGGCUGGCCGAUUUGCCACCAGCCGACUCGGCCAACUGGUUCGUUCGUGUCAACUCGGCCUGUUCGGCCCAAUUCGGGCAUUGCAACUUGCUGCCGGGACAGGCUUUCUCAGAACCCGCAGCAAAGGGCUCAUUUGGUCAUUGCCAUUUAUUGCGCUUUUCCUUUGGCCGCAAUAAACCCACAAAACUGGGACCUGUCCUACAACAGCUGCGGCGGCAGCAGCGACAUGCCCUUUCCUCUUCCCCCUCUCUGUCUCUCUCUCUGUCUCUGUCUCUCUCUCUCACACACACAUACACACAUACCGGGCGGUAUCCGCACAAUUACGGUCCUCUGUAACACGAAUCGACUGAUAGAACAACUCUUGGUCGAUUAA